AUGACAUUUCCUACCACCAGCUCCAAGCCUUUCCAGGUGGACCCCAAAGCAGAAGAGAAUCUUUUGCCUCAGGCCCGAGAGACAGGGCUGGUGGUUCCGGAAGGUCAAUCGAAAAAUGCGCCUUCGAUAGCGAAGGACGGGCCCGUGGCUAAACCAUGGGCUCAUUUCGUGGCAGGCGGUAUCGGUGGUAUGACGGCAGCUGCCCUGACCUGUCCCCUGGAUGUCCUGAAGACACGUCUACAAUCCGACUACUACCAAGCACAGUUAAACGCUCUACAUGCGAAACAUCCUUUGCCACAAAAGACCACUCUCCUCUCUCUUCCCCGAAGUGCAUAUUUCCAUCUCGCCGAGACCUUACAAAUCCUACGGUCGAUACACCAGCAUGAAGGGUUCCGGGCGCUUUUCCGCGGCCUAGGCGCGAAUCUGAUCGGCGUUGUCCCGGCACGGAGCAUUAAUUUUUACGUUUAUGGCAAUGGCAAGCGAAUACUGAAUGAUCACUUCAACCCCGAAGGUCGUGAAAAUGUAUGGAGCAUCCACCUUGUGGCGGCAGCCACGGCAGGCAUCCUCACAGGCACCGCCACGAAUCCAAUCUGGUUAGUGAAGACGAGGUUGCAACUGGACAAGAACAAUGCGAGUCACGACCCAAAUCAUGGGCGCCAAUACAAGAACAGCUGGGACUGUAUCAAGCAGACCGUCCGGCACGAAGGCAUCAGGGGACUGUAUCGCGGCUUGACAGCUUCGUAUCUCGGAGUCACGGAAUCGACGCUGCAAUGGGUCAUGUAUGAGCGGAUGAAAUUGUCUCUGGCGAGACGAGAAGCCAAAAGACUAGCCACUCCAGGCUAUCAGCGGACAUGGCUUGACAACACCGAGGAAUGGGCUGGCAAGUUCAGCGCGGCUGCAGGCGCCAAACUUGUCGCUGCUGUUCUUACAUAUCCCCACGAAGUGGUAAGGACGAGAUUAAGACAGGCGCCGACCAUCACCACCGAAACCGGCAAGGUUACGGUCAAAUAUACUGGGCUCGUCCAGUGCUUCAAAGUGGUGGCCAAGGAAGAGGGCAUGGCCGGGUUAUAUGGUGGCAUGACACCGCAUUUGCUGAGGGUCGUACCCAGUGCGGCCAUCAUGUUUGGAAUGUACGAGAUCAUUCUCCGCCUCUUCGGUACGACUCCUUAA